AUGUGUCAUAAGAACUUACGGAAGGGAACAGACCCUCUUAACCUUUUCACUUCCUCCCAUGACAUCACCUCGGAGCUCCCCGCCGGCAACCAUAAACCCGUGCUUUAUGGUGUUAACGACAUCACCCACAUGUUCAGCAUAUUGUACCCGCGACCUCACAAAAACAGAAUGGGAAUGAAAAAGCAGAGGAUGAAGGGUUGA